AUGCAUAUAGCCGUCGAAGAAUGCAGCUGUUACCAACCAUCCUCCUUGGUGAUGCCGGCCACCUCAUCGUGGUACCAAGGUCCAGCACCCCGUAUUGUCGGGGGAAGCCAGGCGCCAGCAAUGCUCGCCACCCGGAGAACUUUGCCGUGCCAGCCUUGCGGCAUCACGAAGUACCAGGACCCGCCGCGCCUCGCUGGGACACAGUGUUAUCCUUGUCGGUCUUGGGGCGCGUGUUACCGCGCCGUUAGCAGUAUCAUCCGCACCAAGUUACUGCUUAGUGGAAAUGUGGAAGAGAAUCCCGGC